AUGCAGGCUCGGAAUACGGCUGGGGAGACUCCCGAGGCUCUGGUGCAGCGCCGGCUGAUGGAUUUGCGACGCCGAACCGCCGAAGCAGCCUUGGAAAAAGCUGGGAGCGUGUGGGGAGAGGGGAGCGACAAUGAGGGGUGCUUUGGGGGGGGUGGUGGUGGUUAUGGUAAUGGUUCCAACAAUGCUGCUUUGUGGGGAGAUCCCGAGGAGAAUGCAGAGGCAGCAGCUGCUGAGGCUCGGUACCACAGGUUCGGGUCCCGAUCCGACAGGUUCGGUGCCGGUCCUUGGGGAGCUGAUGACGCUUGGAAGGAUGACGUGGCAGCUCAGAUGAAGAGCAGGAUGAGGAGGGAUGAGGAGAGCCACCGGGCGGCAGUUUUUGGAGCGAAGCUGGAGGAGGAAGUAGACAAGAGGAGACGGUGGGAGGAAGAGAGGAAGAUACGGGAGGAAGAAGCGAGGAAGGUUCUGGAAGCGGGACAGGCCAAGGAUAAAUCAUGGAGAGCAGCGAUCAAGGAACAAGUACAGAAAAAGAAGACGGUGCAGAAACAGGAGGAUUACGAUGAGAGAUGGAAGAGAUUUGCCAAGUCAUGCGACAUGGGGAUUACCAUGGCUGAUGUUCCGUUCCCUGUGGGUGGUGGUGGGGAGGAGGAGCUGAAGCAUGUGAUUCUGCAUGGCGUUCCAAAGGAGCAGCAUCGGAAGCGGAUGAGGGAGGAGGUGGAGGAUUUUCUCACCUCCAUCGGUCAAAUCAACGCCGCCCUCUCGCUGCUGCAGCUGGAGCUGCGGGCGGCAGCCGACCAGGCGGACGGCGGGCUUUGGUACGGAGUGGUCAACCGGGCGGCAGACAGCCAGGGGAAGCUGGGCACGACGUACAGCCACGAGGAAAUCCAGUACUUAAAAUGCCUGGUGGAGCACGUGGUAACCGCAUCCAACGGCUCAGGAUGCAUCUCCAGCAUCGCAGCGCUGCACCUCACCCCUGCCCCCAGUUCCUCCCAGCCCAACCCAACUCAAGACCCCCUCUCCCCAUCGUCCUCGCAACCUCCCCUCUCCCCUCCUGCCACCCGCACACACACCCUCUCACUAACUGACAAAGAGCGACUGAUCGCUGACCUGGCGGACAACCAUUGGCUCAGCAUCUCGAGUGAUUCAAGAGAUGGCAGUAGUGGCGGCGGCAGCAGCAGCGGUGGCGGCGGUGGUAGCGGUAGUGGUGGUGGAAAGAGGGGGGUGCAAGGGAGUGUGGGGUUGGGGGUGAGGACGUACCUGGAGCUACAGCAGUAUCUGAAGAGCACUGAAGGGGUGGCGGUGUGCGACGUGUGUCACGAUGCCGCUGUGAAAGCUGUGUGCUGUGCGUCCCCGGGCUGUGAAUACCGCCUGCACCAGUACUGCAUGCCCGCCAAGUUCCAUCGAGUCAAGAAUCCCAAGUGCCCCCAAUGCGAUGCGCCCUGGCCUUCCAGUGAGGACGAACCUGCACCACCCAGCCAAUCCCAAGCGGCUGGUCGAGGGGGGGGCGCAGAUAGGAGGAGGCGGGCAGGAAAGCGGAUAGUGGGAGAGGAGGAGAGGGAAGAGGAUAGGGAGGAGGAGAAUGAUAGGGUAGAUGGAGAGAGGGGGGUUGAGGGUGGAGAAGGGGGAGGCGAGGAAGAGGAGGAGCGGAGGGGGAGGAGUAGGGGGAAUGGGGGCAUUCAAAAGAGAGCAAGAGAGAAGAGGAAAGUGAGAGGACGAGUGAUGGAAGAAGAGGGGGAAGAGGAGGGAGAGGAGGGAGAGGAGGAAGAGGGAGAAGAGGAGGGAGAGGAGAGAGAAGAGGGAGAGGAGGAAGAGGAGGAAGAGGGAGAAGAGGUAGAGGAGGUAGAGGAGGAGGAAGAAAGGGAUGUGAGGCCGGUUCGGGCAGGUCGAGUGAGAGAGGUGGAGCGGGUGAGCAGAAGGACGAGGAGAAGAUAG